GGCGGAGUGGCGUGAACAUGUCAGUUCCCAACACCUACGGCCUGGUGUUCACCUGCACCUGCGCCUUGAUCCUGGGUGUGGGGCUGGGCGCCAACCUGCUGGUCUUCUCCUUAUUCGCCAAGUACAAGACGCUGCGCAAGAACCGCCUGGACAUCCUCCUGCUCAGCAUGUCCCUGGCCGACUUCCUCACCCUGCUGCUCAUCCCCUUAACCUUGCACUCGGCCCUCAGCCACUCCUGGCCUCUGGACGAUGUGGCCUGUAAGGUCUACCAGUUCCUGUUGGCCUUCAGCUUGGCGGCCAGCACCUACUCGCUGUGUGCCGUGUCCAUGGCGAGGGCCAUGAUCAUCACCAAUCCCUACCAGCCUCCAGCUAUGGACCUGGUCAUCCUCAUGUUCGUUCUGGUCUGGGCCCUCAGCUUCCUCAUCAGCCUGCCCCUGAGAAUGUUUGCCACCAAAGAGAUCCUGAACUCCAGCCUUGUCGACUUCUCCUUCUGCCUUCCUACCCUCCACGAGCAUCACUACCAGGUGGUCCUCAGCCAGUUCGUGCUCUUCUACUUUGUACCCAUGCUGGUCAUUGCCUUCAAUUACAUCCGCCUGGCUCUGUUUCUCCACAAGAGUCCGGUCAUGUCCAUAUCUAGUGCCAGGAACACUCGGCGAGCCUCGGUCAUGGUCUUCUUGGCGGCCGCGACCUUCUCGGUGUGCUGGCUACCAGGCUACGUGCUGGAGCUGUGCGUUUACUUAGGGGUCUACCGACACGGACGGGCCUGGGAGCUCUUCUACUUUGUGUGCACGGUGCUCCAGUACCUGCACCCCUGCAUCAACCCUCUCCUCUAUGUGCUGCUGUCCAGGCGCCACAGGAGGGCGGCCCGGCUCUUCGGCUGCCGCCGGAACAGAGUGCGGCCGCAGGUCAGCGUGUCCGCGGACAUUUCGGCUCACACUUCGUGAUCAACUUGUGGGAUACAAAACUCCCUUUAAAAAAGGCCUAGACUUAAGACACACGUUGUUCAUCCCCAGGUUUUUUCAACCUAGUCUGGUGCCAGGAUUUGAGGAACAGAAAAGUAUCUGCUGCCACGUUUCAACAUCUUUGGAAAUAUGAGCACAGCUUCAGCAAGACUCAAGGAUGUCUCCCUGGUGGGCGAAUCGGCCAAAGAGUUUCCCUUGGCAACAGAAGUAUGAAUCACUAAGUAGAGGGACAGGUACUUUCCCAUUCCAAUUCACAGUACUUGGGAAUCGAAAACGAUAUUUAACUUUCGCUCAAAAAGGUUCAUUAUGUCUUCUUACACUUCUUACACUUUUUCAAAUGUUCUCGUAAUCAGACCAUAAAAUCAGACUUCCAUCUACAAACCCUGUUUCCAUAUGAGUUGGGAAAUUGUGUUAGAUGUAAAUAUAAACAGAAUACAAUGAUUUGCAAAUCCUUUUCAACCCAUAUUCAGUUGAAUAUGCUACAAAGACAACA